AUGACAACACUGUCCCUGGGUGUUCACCACUGUUCGAUGAACUUACAGCAGGUAAUUCACCACAACUAUAUAUCUUAUGAGAUUAACAAUCACCGACACAAUACUGGCUACUACCUUGCUAAUGGCAUCUAUCCGAAAUGGGCUACACUAGUCCAAUCAAUAAGGUGUCCUCAAACUGAAGAGAAAGUGUAUUUUUCUAAAAAACAAGAGUCAUAUCGCAAAGAUGUUGAAAUGGCGUUUGGAAUACUCCAAGCACGAUUUGCAAUUGUUAGGCAGCCUGCAAGAGGGUGGGAUAGGGCAAAACUUAAUUCGAUUAUGUUUGCAUGUAUUAUACUCCAUAACAUGAUUAUGGAAGACGAGCGAGACGACUAUUAUCAAGGGGAGUCUGAUGAUGACGAAGUUGAUCCAAAUAAGUCUAGGAGAGCUCGGGCUAGAAUUUAUGAUGGCCCAAAUUUGCCUCGUGAUCAAAGAACUGGCCAAAUCUCAAUGGAUGAAUACAUGCUUCGUUAUAGGAUGAUACGCUCACGUUACGCAAACAAUGAUUUGCAACAAGACCUUAUCAAACAUGUUUGGUCAAGAUGA